UACCGCAUUACUUCGUAUAGCGUAUCCACUACAGCUACUUCCCAGCAGCCGCAGGAGAGAACCCUCUCGAGUGGUUGGCUGCUGUGUGUCCGCCACCGACAGCGCAGGAUCUGGCUGGGUAAGAAGGGAGGCACACCUGCUACCAUGAGCAACCCGUAUGCAUAUCUGGCUGAGCCCCUGGACCCUGAAGAUCCUGAAAACAAAUUCUUUAACUUGCACAAGCUCAAUGACCACAGAUACGAUUCUCUCCCAUUUUCAAUUCGAGUACUGCUGGAAUCUGCAAUUAGAAACUGCGAUGAGUUUUUAGUGAAAAAGAAAGAUGUUGAGAACAUCCUAAACUGGACAGUCACCCAGUACCAGAAUGUGGAAGUGCCUUUCAAGCCUGCACGAGUCAUCCUACAGGACUUCACAGGAGUGCCAGCAGUGGUGGACUUUGCUGCCAUGAGAGACGCUGUUAAGAACCUUGGUGGAGAUCCGGAAAAGAUUAACCCUAUAUGUCCAGCUGACUUGGUCAUUGACCAUUCAAUUCAGGUUGACUUCAACAAAAGGUGCGUAAAAGAGCAGAAUCUGGUCAGUUCGCUGCUCAGCAGGACAAAUGAAAGCCUGAAGCAACUUCAAACUGACAGUAGUGACAGUUUACAGAAGAAUCAAGAUUUGGAGUUUGAAAGAAAUAAAGAGAGAUUUCAGUUUUUGAAGUGGGGCUCACAGGCAUUUAAAAACAUGAGGAUAAUUCCACCCGGGUCAGGAAUAAUUCAUCAAGUGAAUCUAGAACAUCUUGCGAGGGUGGUAUUCAAACACAAUGCCUUUUACUACCCUGACAGUCUUGUUGGUACCGACUCUCAUACCACAAUGAUUGAUGGCCUUGGAGUCCUAGGCUGGGGAGUGGGUGGCAUUGAAGCUGAAGCAGUGAUGCUGGGUCAGCCAAUCAGCAUGGUUCUUCCAGAAGUCAUUGGAUAUAAGGUGUACGGUGUGCCAAAUCCACUGGUCACUUCAACUGACAUUGUUUUAACUGUAACCAAGCAUCUGCGACAAGUUGGAGUGGUUGGAAAGUUUGUAGAGUUCUUUGGGCCUGGUGUUGCUGAGCUCUCUAUUGCUGACAGAGCCACUAUAGCAAACAUGUGUCCAGAGUAUGGUGCCACUGCUGCCUUUUUUCCAGUUGAUGAUAUCAGCGUACAAUAUUUAAGACAAACGGGAAGAGGUGAAGAAAAGUGCUUAUAUAUUGCAAAGUACCUCAAAGCUGCUGGGAUGUUCAGAAAUUACAGUGAUGCAUCUCAAGAUCCUGGUUUUACACAGGUAGUUGAGCUAGAUCUUGGAACAGUAGUUUCUUGUUGCAGUGGCCCCAAACGACCACAGGACAAAGUAGCUGUAUCUGACAUGAAGAAGGAUUUCGAAGCCUGUUUAGGUGCAAAGCAAGGAUUCAAAGGUUUCCAGAUUGCAUCAGAAAAUCAUAAUGCUACAGUUGACUUUGCAUACAAUGAUCAAGAAUUUAAACUGGCUCAUGGGUCUGUAGUAAUAGCUGCAAUUACUAGUUGCACCAACACAAGCAACCCUUCUGUUAUGCUGGGCGCAGGACUGCUGGCUCAAAAAGCAGUAGCUGCAGGCCUAAGUGUGAAGCCCUAUGUGAAGACAAGCUUGUCCCCUGGCAGUGGAGUUGUCUCUUACUAUCUAAAAGAAAGUGGUGUGAUGCCAUACCUUAGCCAGCUGGGAUUUGAAAUUGUUGGCUAUGGCUGUAUGACUUGCAUUGGAAACAGUGGACCAUUGCCAGAGCAAGUAGUGGAAGCCAUCAUUAAGGGGGAUCUUGUGGCUGUUGGGGUGUUGUCUGGAAACAGGAAUUUUGAAGGACGGGUGCACCCAAAUACCCGGGCCAAUUACCUGGCUUCUCCACUGCUAGUUAUUGCCUAUGCUGUUGCUGGGACCAUAAGGAUAGACUUUGAAAAUGAUCCUCUAGGUGUUAACUCAGAUGGGAAAGAGAUCUUCUUGAGGGACAUCUGGCCAACGAGGCAAGAGAUUCAGGAAAUUGAGCGGAAGUUUGUUAUUCCAGCAAUGUUCAAGGAGGUCUAUGAAAAAAUCGAGAAAGGGAAUGAAUGCUGGAAUUAUUUAAAAGCUCCUACUGAUAGGCUUUAUACCUGGGAUCCCAAGUCAACCUACAUCAAAGCGCCUCCUUUCUUUGAUAAUAUAACUCUAGAUCUUCAGCCUCCCAAGUCGAUCAUUGAUGCCUAUGUGCUGUUAAAUUUUGGUGAUUCUGUAACGACAGACCACAUAUCUCCUGCUGGCAAUAUAGCAAGAAACAGCCCAGCUGCACGCUAUUUAACAAGCCGAGGACUCACACCACGAGAAUUCAAUUCUUAUGGAUCACGCCGUGGCAAUGAUGCAGUUAUGGUCAGAGGCACCUUUGCAAACAUCCGCCUAUUCAACAAAUUCUUGAACAAGCAGUCUCCGCAAACCAUCCAUCUACCCAGCGGAGAAACUCUUGAUGUGUUUGAUGCAGCUAAAAGAUACCAGAAGGCUGGCUCUCCUCUCAUUAUUCUGGCUGGGAAAGAAUAUGGUUCUGGUAGCUCCAGAGAUUGGGCAGCAAAGGGACCUUAUCUCCUGGGAAUUAAAGCAGUUCUAGCAGAAAGUUAUGAACGAAUUCAUCGCAGUAACCUUGUUGGAAUGGGAGUGAUCCCACUGGAAUAUCUUCCUGGGGAGACUGCAGAAUCUCUGGGACUAACAGGCAGAGAACGUUACACAGUUGUCAUUCCAGAAGAUCUUACACCAAGAACUAUAGUGGACAUUAAGCUUGACACUGGAAAGACCUUCCAGGCUCGAAUGAGAUUUGACACGGAUGUUGAACUCACUUACUUCCGCCACGGAGGCAUCCUGAAUUACAUGAUUCGAAAAAUGAUCAAGAAUUAAUCUCGAAUCUAGACUAGGAGAGGAACACCAGGUUUAAUCCUGCUGAAACACCACCCCAAACAGAACAACGCACAAGAAGUAAAUUUUUAGAUAAAUAAAACUUUUACAUAGCAUUUUUUUUUUCUGUGAAUUGUAUUAAUCCAGUGCACAUUUAUACUUAAUGGUGAUGAAAAUGAUUUUUUACCAUUUUAAUUCCAGAAGAAAUGACAAUAGUCUAUAAAGAUGGAGAAAUGUAAUAUUGCCUGUGAUUUUGUUCCCUCCAGUCCUGCCAUACGGACAUUUUGCCUUUGAUUUGCAGAAUGCACUCUUAACAGAAAUUUCAACUUGCCAAGUUUAACACACACACACACAAAUGUUUCUCUGUCACACUUGAAUCCGCACUGGUUUCAUAACUGCUCUUUGUUUUCUGAAAAAAUAAAAAUGGGUCUCUUCUUUAA